UUGUCCUUUUAUUCCUUAUUUUUUUUAGCAUAUAAAUACUCUAAAAGUCACUUAGUGAAUCCAGAAAGCAUCAAUUCUUUUGAAUCACAGGUCACAAGUGUCUAGUUUUCAGAUCUGGUUUGGCCCGAGGGAAAGCACUGAGGCCCGGAAGCGAUGGGUCAGCGACGCGGCCUGCUGGAGCUGCUGUGUUUGGUUCUGCUGGGCUGGACUCUGGUUCGAGGUCAGGCGGAAACAACAGACCUAAAGCUGGAUGAGGAGGAUGGAGAGGCGGAGGACCCACCCGGAACAGUGAAAAAUGUGGAGCUGCAGAUAUCUUGUCCGGAGAAAUGCAGCUGCAGCGAGGAGGGAGCGGUGGACUGUAAUGGAGUCAGUCUCACUGAAUUCCCACAGGAUUUAUCCGAACAGACCCGUCAGCUGUCCCUGCAGAAUAACCAAAUCACUGAGGUCACGCUGGAGCAUCUGUCACGUCUUCAGCAACUGGAGACCCUAAACCUACAGAACAACCGGCUCACGACACAAGGCCUUGACGAUGAAGGGUUUCAUAUUCUGGAAAGGCUGAGUUAUUUAUACUUGGCAAAUAAUAAGCUCACAGCAGCUCCCAGACACCUCCCUCCCUCUUUGGUCAGCGCUGAUUUCGCUGCUAACCAGCUCAUUAAAAUCUACCCCAACACGUUCGGCCAGAAGCCUGCUCUGAAGUCAGUGUAUCUCCAUAACAACAAGCUAACAGAUGCUGGUCUGCCAGAGAACAUGUUUAAUGGAUCAGACAAUCUCGAGAUCCUCAUCAUGUCCAGUAAUUUCCUCCGUUAUGUCCCUAAGGGUCUACCCACCGCCCUCUACCGCCUACACCUGAAGAACAACAAGCUGGAAAAGAUUCCCGCAGGUGCGUUCGAUAAUUUGUUCCAUCUUCGAGAACUUUACCUGCAAAACAACUUGCUGAGUAAUGAUGGCAUGGACAACGAGACCUUCAGUCACUUGAAAAGUCUGGAAUAUCUGGAUUUGUCUAAUAACAACCUGACCACGGUUCCUCUCGGGCUUCCUCGAAAUCUCAUCCUGCUUCACUUGGAGAAGAAUUCCAUCCAAAGCAUCACAGUAAGCGCACUGACGUCCAUCCGAAACCUGGAGUACCUGCUCCUCCACAACAACCGCCUCCGCUCCCGCUCCAUCCAUCCGGCCGCCUUCCAGGGUCUCAAACGUCUCCACACCGUCCACAUGUACAACAACCUUCUGGAGCGCGUUCCCCGCGGCCUUCCUCGCCGCGCCAAGACCCUCAUGCUGCUCCACAACCUCAUCACCGAGAUCGGACGCAAUGAUCUGAUCACGCUCUACACUCUGACGGAGCUCAACCUCAGCUACAACCGCCUCACCAGCGACAAGCUCCACAGAGAGGCCUUCAGGAAGCUCCGCAUCCUGGAGACCCUGGAUCUGUCGGGAAACAAGCUGCAGAUGCUGCCGUUGGGUCUUCCCAAGAGCCUCCAGGUUUUGAAGGUGAAGGACAAUCAGAUGACCGAGAUACCGGAAGGAGCUCUGAUGGGAAUGGGUUCGCUGAGGGAGCUCUACCUGACCAACAACCAGCUGAAGCUGAACUCCAUCUACCAGGGAGCUUGGCAGGAGCUGAGCGCGCUCACGACACUGGAUCUCUCCGGUAACAUGUUGUCACAUGUUCCUCCUGACCUGCCCGAGUCUCUUGAGUUCCUUCACCUGCAGAACAACAGAAUCAGCUCCGUUUCAGCCACAGCCUUCCUCAACACACCCAACAUCAAAGGCAUCUUCCUCAGAUUUAAUCGUCUCUCAGUUCAUUCGGUGUCCGAAGAGUCUUUUUCUCACCUGUCCCAGCUUCAGGUGUUGGACAUUGGCCACGGUAACAUCUCUCCCAACCGAGGUCAAGCCGGAGAGCAGGUGGAGGAGGAAGAGGAAGAGGAGGAGUUACCAUAUGAAGAAGAGGAGGCGAAACAUUCAUGAGUCACGGAUG